GCGGCCUCGCUUCUAGCCGCACCUCCAGGCGCGCAGGCCGCACCGUAGGGCGAGCGUGCGGGUCGGCGCCGCGGCCGCCUCGGGGCCUGGGCGCAGCCGCUCCUCCACUACGGCCGUCUCGGAGGGGCCCGAGAUGCAGCCGCCGGGCCCGCCCCCGGCCUAUGUUCCCACUAACGGGGACUUCACCUUUGUCUCCUCAGCAGACGCGGAAGAUCUCAGUGGUUCAAUAGCAUCCCCAGACGUCAAAUUAAACCUUGGUGGAGAUUUUGUUAAAGAAUCUACAGCAACUACAUUUCUGAGACAGAGAGGGUAUGGCUGGCUUUUGGAAGUUGAAGAUGAUGAUCCUGAAGAUAAAAAGCCACUCUUGGAAGAAUUAGAUAUUGAUCUAAAGGAUAUUUACUACAAAAUCCGAUGUGUUUUGAUGCCAAUGCCUUCACUUGGUUUUAAUAGACAAGUGGUGAGAGACAAUCCUGACUUUUGGGGUCCUCUGGCUGUUGUUCUAUUCUUUUCAAUGAUAUCAUUAUAUGGACAGUUUAGGGUGGUCUCAUGGAUUAUAACCAUUUGGAUAUUUGGUUCACUAACAAUUUUCUUACUGGCCAGAGUUCUUGGUGGAGAAGUUGCAUAUGGCCAAGUUCUUGGAGUUAUAGGAUAUUCAUUACUUCCUCUCAUUGUAAUAGCUCCUAUACUUUUGGUGGUUGGAUCAUUUGAAGUGGUGUCUACACUUAUAAAACUGUUUGGUGUGUUUUGGGCCGCGUACAGUGCUGCUUCAUUGUUAGUGGGUGAAGAAUUCAAGACCAAAAAGCCUCUUCUGAUUUAUCCAAUCUUUUUAUUAUACAUUUAUUUUUUGUCCUUAUAUACUGGGGUGUGAUCUAAGUCAUACAUGAUUAGGAAAAGACAAUGUUACAUUUGUAUGUAGGUUGGGAAUUCUUGCUGACAAGAUUGGAGAAAAUUGUUUCUAGUAAAAUUUUACAUGUUUCACAUGUAAAGGCAGAUUUAAGGUCUUUUUAAAACUGUGUUUUUUUGCAUUUAAGCAAUUGUAGUUUUUUGGGAUUUUUUUGGUCAGAAUUCUAAAUUCUGUUUGAUUCUUCAUAUUUCAUUGAAUAAAAUAUUAAAGCAUUGUGUUUUUAAGAUUGUGUCAAUAUUCACCUAAAAACCUGUGCCAAAAGCAUCUGGAUUGUUAAUUAUAUUUCGCCUGAAGGGUAAAUUUGACAACAUUCUGUAGAUCUAAAGUGCAAUUUUUUUCCUUUAAAGAGUUUUCUCCUGCAUUGCAGAUUCUGUAGAUAAAUAUUUAUAUUUAUACAUAUAUAUUUAUGAAAUUCUUAUUCAAGAAAUAUAUUUCAGAAUAGCCUAAAAUUUAAGAUACUAAAUCUGAUGCUUGAACUUUCUUUAAUUUGGCCAUUGAUCUUUUUUAUUUAAAAAUUAAAUUUGUUUUUUAAAUUAUAUAUAAUUUUUUAAACCUCACAUGUGCUUCAGUAAGAAUUCUUAAUAUUAACUGCUAAAACUAAUUUUAAUAUUUGGUGAUAUGGAUUUGGUUUGUUUGGGUGUGCUUUAAAAACCAUUUUUGAAUGUGUAAACAUCUGAUUUAAAGUUUCUGUUUAUCUUUCUGACCAAAGGUGCAAGAGGUAUAACGGAUGUGGCAGUCCUUGAAAGCAUUAAGAUGUAGAAAAACAGUGCUAUUUAUAGCAUCAGUAAAUAUUUUUAAAUGGUAUUGCUAAAUCAGAAAAGUUGUGGGAAAGAGACUUUGUGGCCCUGAAAAAUGUUAUAUGAAGUAGAAAAAAAUAAAAUGCUUCCCAGCCGUGUGUUUUGUUUUAUAA